AUGCAGUUCAUCGCUCUCACCAUUGCUAUCGUUGCCGCUGUUGCCUCUGCCUCCUCCUCCGGCUUUGAGAAGCGCUCCUGCGUUGGCAACUAUGACGUUGCCUGCACCUCGGGCGGCGACCCCUGCUGCGAUGGCUGGCAAUGUGUCGGCGCCACGGAGUGGAACGCUGGUGUUUGCAUUCCUAACUACUAA